UUCAUGGAUGCAUUUUAGUUCAAUAUCUAAAAGCAGAACGGAUGGAUAAUUUCACCAUUAACAAGACUGUAUACAUGGGUCAGGGUGCUCUGCAUGCCUCUCAGCAGCCAGACGACCUGAGUACCGUGAUGUUCAUCUUCAAGCUCUUCCAGAGCGGUUUGAUAUUCACGGCCCUUGUCGCUGGCGUCAUCUGUGUUGGGCACGUGGUCUUUGUUCGCCGAAAGAAUUGCCGAAAUACCACGACUCUGUUCGCGGUGAUGCUCUCCGGAUUCUUGCACAUGAUCGCGUGCGUGUGCAUGCUGACAAUAUCCGAGAAGUACACAACAAGACUCGCAAAUUUGGGACAUCUGAGCGCCGGCUCGUGCAUGGAUUAUUCGAUGACAGCGGCGUUAGCAAACGCGGUGGUGCUCGUGUUUAUCGUGCAUAAUAUUUUUGUUCAGAACUUUAAAUGGUCGGUGUGUUCUUGUCUUGCAUACGCUGUAACACUUGGUAGCAUCGUAACAGGAAGUGUUUUCAUUCUCAAGAUAGUGCCGCAAAACAGCCAACUUCCGGUUGCUCAACAAUCGCUAGUGACUCUCGGGACUGCUGGAAGUCAGCACGUGGAAGUGUUCUGGUCCGUGUGUCAGAAAAAUGCGCAUGAGGAAAGAUGGGCUCUUCUGACAGAAUAUGUGCUCAUAUACUUGCCCGUCAUCGUCACUGUGCUGGUUGCUCUUUGUAUAAACAAAACAAAACAGACGGAAGUCGACACCACAGAGCUAAGGAUUCUCUCAAACAUCGAAUGCAAUGUUCCAGGGUUGAAAUGCGAUUGUGUUCAAUUAAACACAGCCAUGGUAGCUGUUCUUAUAUACAGUGCUAUAGUGUUACUGAUGGUGAGGCCGGGAUACAUUAUGUAUGCGUACGCAACUUCUGGCUACUUCCGGGACAUAUUGCCAAGUUUGUUACAGACAGUAAUGUUCACUUUUAUUUGCUCAGAAUAUAUUGGAAAGGUCCUCAUUCGACCUCAAUAUUGCAAUAAUGAGGUGAAAUCGAGCUGUAAUUGUGACUGUGAACAUAUGAGCAAGCCUCUAAUGGACGUAUAAUUAGCUGUUUUCUGUAAUUGUGCUAUAAGUAGAUACUGUUUGCAUAAUUAUCUGUAAAGUUGAGUUUCUCGAUUAAUAGAAAAAAUGGACCACGCUUGCUAUGACAGGCAAACCAGUAGAUAUUGUUUUGUAAACAUGUUAUUUGUAUGUGCAAACUGCUGUUUCUAUAUAUUUGUAUUGAUACUACGAUGUUUAUGUCUCGUGCUCAGUAAAGAAGGCUGUGAUUGUAUUUUUUUAAAUAAUAACACAUUGAAACAAGGUUCAC